CUGUUCCUCACUACUUUCCUAUAGCCAUCUGGCCUUUUCCCGUCACAAUGUGUAUUUGAAUUCAACACUGCACUAUGAAACCAUCAUGUAUUGAAGGGUUUGUUUAAAGAAUAGAAAAAUAUACUAUAUUUCAGAGGAUCCUGAAGCACUUACAAACAGUACAGAAACAGCUUCCUCAUCAAAAUGCAGCCACCUAUGGAGUGAAAGGCAGCCACAACACUGCACACAGCACACUUGUAGAGAAGGAGCACUCCCUGAGGCUGAAGUGUUUGCAUCACUCAUUCAUGUGAUUUCCGGCGACAGGCAGAUCUCUGUGUAAAAGGAAAGCUGCCUUCAGCACAGUGAAGUUUUUCUUCAUCGGAGCUAGGCUUUCAGGGCAACAUAGAUUAAACCAGGAAGGCUUACCAAAAUGGACCCAUUUUUGUCUCUCCUGCAUUCAUUUUCCAUGAGCUUAUCUGACAAUGAGCUCUCUGCCCUUAAAUUUCUGUGCCUGAGCAAAAUUGGCAAAAGGAAGCUUGAGUCUGUCAAAACUGGCAGUGAUCUCUUCACCAUCCUCCUUGAACAGCGGGAGAUUGAAAGAGAGAAGGUAGAUUUUCUCCAACUCAUGAUCAAAACCAUUAAAAGAGAAGAUCUGAUAAUGCAACUACAGGAGUUCAUAGAAGGUGGACAAGGCGAUGUUGUCAACCAUCUAGAUGAGAAAGAAAAAUGUCAGCAGAAUGUAGCUUUUGAAGUUAUAUGUGACAACGUUGGGAAGAACUGGAAAAUGCUAGUUCGAAGAUUAGGAAUUUCUGAUACAAAAAUUGACAGAAUUCUAACAGCCAAUCCUUAUAACUUGCAAGAACAAUUGAUGCAGUCACUUCGAGAGUGGCAGAAAUGGAAGGGAAAGGAAGCGAAGGUUGCUGAUUUAAUAAAAGCCCUUCGGGAUUGCAAAAUGAACUUGGUAGCAGACAAAGUCGAACAUGAACUUUUACAACGGGAGGACUAAAACUAAAUGAAAUCAAAAUAAUAUAUAUAAAAUGCAACAUUAAAACUGAGAGCUUAAAUAAAAAAGAAGGGAAUGCUGUUUAAUUGUUAGAACAGGAGUUAGGAUACUCCAUCAUUCAUUUAGGAGCUUAGAUUCACAUUUAGAGACACAGACCAAGACUUUCAGAAAACACUUAUGAUUUUGGGUCCUUAAUUUUUGGAUUCUCAAUCUGAGGCAAUGUAAAGGUUUUGAUAUUUCAGAAAAUGCUGAUUACCUGCCCUUUGAGAAUCCUUAUCUUUUAUCAAGUUAGGCAUCCAAAAUCAUUAGUAUCUUAUGAAAAUUCUGGCCUUAGCCGCUGAUUUGUAGAUACUUAAAUCACAGUCAUAUUUAGUCACUCAAGUGUGAAAUUCUCUUUGCCUCCCACAUCUACCAAAUAGGAAUAUUACUACGGACUUGCAGUACCUACCUCGAAGGAGUGUUGUGAAGCUUAUUCUUGUAAUGCUUAUAAGGAAGUUUGUGCUCCCUGAAUGAAGUGCUUCUUCCAAAGUGCAAAAUAUUAUUCUUUAAUUCACAAAAAUCAAGAAAUUCAAAGUUGCAAUUCCUUCAGUAGCCAUAGCUCAGUCCACUAUCCAUAUAUGGUAUUUUGUAUGACUGCAGGUGCUUUAAAAAAUUUGCCUUGAAAUAUGUACUUGAGGUGAUUGCUGUGGGAACCUGACUUAUAUGCAUUUCCAAAUUUUUAAGGUGGCUAAAUAAUUUUGUUCGUAAUAAAAAACCCAAAACAGAUACUAUGCCCUUCCUGCCAGAUCUUGAGAGGUAAGGAAUAUGUUCUGAAUGGUGCUUCAAGCGCUCCUUUUCCAUGCAAGGAUGUUAAGUACCAUAUCAAAUUAGGCCUUAAGAUUGCAGUGCAAGGGGCCCAGCAGUUCUCGUGGCCUUUCCUCAGCUCAGAAGUGCCUGUUUUCAGAAUAAACUGCCUGAGACAAAGGGUUUAUAUUAAGUGCCUUCCCUGCCAUAAAGAAAGGGAUGCUAGCCUGAUACCGUAAAAUACAUAGAAAGACCUUGCCCUGUAGUUGCGUAGGGGGCCUUCCUUGUUCCUCCUGCAAAAGAUUUCCCCCAUUGUAACUAUACAUCUGAAGAUGCUGCUCACAGCCACCACCACAGAGACUCUGACAGCCCACCCUGUUAGUAGAAGCCAUUUGGAUCAUCCACCCAGUUUUCAAUGGGAAAGUAGAAUUCAGUUGUCCGUGCUCUUGAUAACAUCGCAUGUUAAGAUAAAGAGAUACAGAGUGAAUAAACAGAAGCUUUUCUUAUGGAGAAAUGAAGUUACUGAAGAAAAUAUAAUCCCAUCACCUACAGUUUAUCCACCCUGCUAUGCAGAUGAGGAUCAGCUCUCCUUCACCACAUGGUGCUCUAAUUGAAGGUGGCUGCAGGUCCAAUACUCCUUUCAUCAGCUUUCUUCAGUUUUCCUUCACAUCAGCUCCUUAAUACCACUCCCUUCAAGGAACCCAUAAACAGCCCACAGUCAAAAAAGCAUGAAUGGGCAAGGCCAGUUUAAGGUCAUGUGGGGCCUCCUGCAAACUUCAAAUUUGGCCCUUACACUAACCCAAGAUUGUGAAAACUGCACCUACUUUAAGACCUGCUUUCAUGCCUUCUGUGUCACCUGUGUCUAGGGUGACCAUACAGCAAGUGUGAAAAAUCGGGACAGGGAUGGGGGGUAAUAGGUGCCUAUGUAAGAAAAAGCUCCAAAAAUCGGCACUGUCCUUAUAAAAAUGGGACAUCUGGUCACCUUACCUAUGUCUAGUGCCAGCAUCUUGCAUGAGUUCCUCUGAAAUCAAAAUUGAUGUGACUUUGACUAGGACAGCUGGUGGACUCCAAAACAUCCUACCAAGAACAUAAUGUAAAAUUCAUACCUAAAGGGAGAGGCUUCACUUUGCUGUUGAACCUGUCCCGUUUUGUUUUGUGUAGCUGAUAGCAUACUGCUCUUUGUCAGUUUCUCACUACAUGGCAGCAUCACUGCACUCAGCACCAGUAUGAAAUUGACAAGAAGCCUGAAAUUCAACAGGAAUGACAGCAGGCAGAAACAACACUAUCAUGAGUGUCUCCAUAUUUUCAGUUCAGUUGAUGUCUGAGCUUCAGAAAUUGACAAGUUAACACAUGAUUACAAUUACUAGAAAGGUUGAAGUAAUGUGUACCCAGUACCUUCAUACAACAUUGUCAUAAGGGCUUUUCUUAAGAAGCUGAACAAUGAAAGAUUGGCACACAGAUAUUUAUGAUCUUAAUAAGCCAGAGACCAAUGUUUGCAAGUGUCUACACAGAAAGGAGUAAAGGGUGAUGCUGUAGCUUUCACAUGUUUGCCUUUGUGCAUAUAGAGUUUCAAGCAAUUAAACUGUAAUAGAACAAUAGCUUGCUUUUCCUGUAUCUCAUACAGACUUCAGAAGGAGUUUAGUUUUUAAAAACUAAUGAAUAAAUAAAUUCUGAAUUCAGUGCUGAAUAAAAUUCUAAUCUUGAGCUGAAUGACUAAUUCAAAAAAAUUUAUUUUGUUAAAAUGUCUAUGGAUUUUUUUUCAUUAUUCUUCCCACUCUAAAGAUAACAC